UUCUUUGUCAAUAUUUGCCAGAAGUUGUUCACUUACAGGAUUGGUUUCUAGAAUGAUAGCGCGAAUGGUAGCACGCACGAGAGAACAACCAGAUGCCAAUUUUGAGCAGUUGACUGGAAUUUUUAGAAAUUAUCACUUCCCAGAAAUGAAACAGAAACAUAAAGAUUACGUCGACUCGUUGAAAGACAAGGCUGAGUUUUAUCGAUUACUUGGUCAGUUGGUUCUUGAAGGAUAUCCUAUAGAAAUGUAUGUAUGUGAUGGUGCCUAUCGUGACCGUGGUCUUUUGAUUACUAUGAAGAACGGACUCUUACGGUUUUACAACAACAUAGCCCGUGACAUUCUUUUUGACACCUUAUCAAAUGUAUUUUUCAGUGAAGAUCGUCUCAUUGAACUAUCAAACAGUUUCCGAACAUGGCCAAAACUCGAGCUUCGUUCACGAGAAUACUUGCAAACGAUAAACUUUGAAAGUAGGAAAUGGAUAAGAUUUGAUGGAAAACAGUUUGAUCCUUUUACAUCGAAAAUAACGAAUGCCUGUUGGGUCAGGUUUAUGAAGAAUUAUUCUCGAUUGGACUUUGCUUAUGUCGAAUGGAAUGAUAACGAUUGGAGAUUGUACCUUUUUCAAGCUUCUAUUUCAUCUUUUCCAGAACACAACAGAGACUUUACUCGAAACUCGUUUGUAUCUCCGGAAAGUUCGCAGCUUGCUUCUUUACUACACGCACUUUUUGGCAUUUUCGACUUUCAAGUAUCGACUAUUCGAGAUGAGUCGGAUACCAUAAUAGAUUUUGAAGUAACAGAUAGUAAUGACCAAUCUUAUAGAGACCGAAUAUGUAUUUUGUAUGUCACUCCACUGACAAACAAUGAAGCCAGAAUAUCUAUUGCUUCAGUUUUCAUUGAUUUUAUAACAUUGGAGAGAAGACGUUAGUUGGUAGAGAUAUAAAACAGAUUUUUCCUGAAACAAGACUUUUGAGAAGACUUUGAUUGCUGACUUACAAGUUGAAAAGACGAAUCAUGAAAUGUACUUGGGUUUUCGAUAUGUGUUGUGGAAAGAAGGGCUCAUCAAAGAAUUCUUUUGUGAGAUUCNGUAUGUAAGUUGCUGACCAAUGAAGUUCUGUUUGACGUAAUUUCACAACUAGAGAUAAUAUUUUUCAAGAGUUUUCAAUAUAGUUCUAUCAUACAACUAGAUGCGACUCCUUUCCACAGUACAGUUAUCAAGAAAGUCAUAAAGGAAAUUUUUUACUAUCACAGCAAGUCUUCUAAGAAUAAAUAUACAGGCAUCUUU